AUGACCCCGUUCCGAAAUGCUUCGGAGAUAUGUCCAAAUUACCGGCGUCGUCUACGUCAAGCCUCUUUGCAAGCCGAGCUGCGCCUCUUCGAUAGCAUAGAAGUGGAACUAUCACAAGAAGAUAUCAGCAAAAAGAAACUAUCGCGAAUAUCUUCAGAAUCGACGAACAACCUUCGCAUUUCGAAAUCUCUAUUCGCUCUCAUCGUAGCGGUGUGCUGUAUUCUUUUCAUCACCACAGUCGCAAUCUCGUUCUUGGCGAUAUCUUUCUACAUGGCACUUCACUCACAAAAACACAAGACACUUUAUUCGAUGCAUCAAUGA